GCAGGCAGUGCUGUAAAAAAUAUUUUAGAUUUAGUUGGAUUCUGGUAUCAGCAUAAAAAUAAUUUCAUGGUAAAAAUGGAAUUAGCAUCUACUAAUCUCACAAAUGCUGAAGAUCAUCUCAUUCGAAUUCUGACACAGAUUAAACAGUAUAAUGAAAAUGUCAAAGAUUUGCUGGAAGGAUCUCAUCUGAAAAAUAAUGAAGACUUGGAAAAGUGUAUAUGCUCAUUAAUCUUCUUAAUUCAUGACCUCAGCAGGACCUUCUGUGACAAGUUAAGUAGAACUACAGAGAGUUUACAGUCCACACUUCAUCUUUUAAAUGGAAUCCAGAGUAAAUUCCAGGACAUGGGUUCAAAUAAUGAACACAUAAAUAACCUUAUCUUGGUCCACCAAAUACUUGGCGAUACAACAAAGCAACUUAAACUCACUGAACAGCAAUUGAAAGAUAUCAGCAACAGAUACAAGGACACUGCAGACAGAACCCAAGAGACCAGUGGUAUCGACAAAGUCACUAAUGAUGAUGUCGAUGGAAAUAGGAGUGUAAGUGUGAUUACUGGCACCAGCCAGGUUUCCGAAGUCACAGAAAAAACACGCGUGGAAAAAAGCACUACACAAGAUGUAGUAUAUGAGACUGACAAAACUUUAGUCUUCACUAAUGAGCCCCCAACAAUAAACAAUAAUAGUGAUGGAGAAGAAAGCAAGCAUUAUGAAGUAAACAGAGCAGAUACUUCAAUUUACAAAGAACAAGAAGAAGAAGAUGUAAAUGAAAAAAAUGGCAAGCUUCAACAAGACCUCAAUGAAAGACCAAGUCACACAGGCGAAUACGGGAGUGCGGACUCUGAUAAAGAAAAUAAAGCAGCAGCCAGUGAUGAAACAACACUUAAUCCUUCUAUACAAUACGUAGGGGAAGCUGAAAACUGGACGUAUAAAGAAUACAUGUUACAACCAGAGGACGGAAAUGAUCAGAGGCUAGCGUGCUUCAUCAAAGCACCUCCAGUUAUUUUGGAACAACUGCAAUGUCAAUGUAUGGAUGAUAUCAGCUCUUUGGUGGUGUUUGAGUCAGAAGAGCUGGUCAGCAGUGUCCUGGGUAUUUGGAGUAAAGACCCUGAUCUUAAAAUUCCAUUUCCAUUAAGUAUAUCAAUUCCAUUUAACGCCCGCUACAGAGGACACUACAAGGAUGUCAUGGUUAAAGCAAAUGAUGAAAAACUCCAAUCAAGUUACAUACUGCCAAAUUCAUUAGAUGGGUAUCAUGGAAGCCACAAAGGCAGUUUUGCAGAGUUCAAAGUUUACAAACUGGGCAUAUUUUCCGUGGUUUCAUGUUUAAAGAAAGAAAAUUUUACAGUUCCCAAAAAAGGAUUAUCUCUAAAGUUAAGUGUGGAUCCCAGAAUAUCAGUGAACUAUCCACCAGGGUGCUUCAAUACUUCAGUGAUUGUACAAUCUAAGGUUCAGCCCAUUGAUACAUCUUUAUUCACUUUACUGAAAGUAAAACACGAUAUCUACCAUUCAGUGGUUUCCAGCAGCCCGUUGGUUCACAUGAAGCAUCCUUCGGUCCAGCUUUUCCAGAAGCCUGUAACUAUCUUUCUGCCAUGUCCUCCUAACCCAGAGAAAAGAAAGCAAGGAGAUGACCUAGAAAAUAAGAGGCCAUCUACUGCUACAGUGCCAAGGGUCACAGCGGCAAACCCAAUACGUGCUGUCAGCGCCUCAAUGAAGAAGCACAAGGAUAAUCCAACUGAAAUUCUGAAGUUGCUUGCUUUUAAGGAAGAUCAAUGGCAUAUUUUGGACGACAUUGUGGUUAAAAAUGUACAGAAUGGGGUUGUCUCAUUUGACGUGGCAGAGUAUUUACAGAGAUUCAUUGUAAUUCGUCUUUCUUCAACUAUGGACAACCUACACUUGAUCAGUUUUAUUCAGAAUUUAGAAAAUGCCACCUAUAAUUCUAUGGUAAACGUGGUCUUGUACAGAAGGAAAGAUAAUUUACAGAAAGCAAUUGUUGAAGUGAUACCAUCCAAAGAAUUAAACUGGGAAAUCCUCCACUUGCGUGAAUCGGGUUAUAUGGGACCCCCGGAACCAUCUGAGCAAAUACCCCUUCAGGAAGGAGAGCAAAUUCACUUGCGUUUUUGUGGCAACAUAACUGCCUCAGAUGGCAAAACAUUUGGAAAUCAUUUUAAACUCACAUUUCAUUCUCAAAGAAAACAAAGAUUGCCACUUAACCUAAGUGUGGUCGAUGAAUUUGGAAAUUACAGCUCGCCACACUACAAAGGUACAGUGACUAUCUACAAACUGUCCAAAGAGGACAUCAUUGAAGGUUACAAAAGUGGUCUAGAGACUGAUAUGUUAUUACAGCAAUGCUCUCCAGUCUGCAAACUAGCAUUAACACUGCCUAAGAAGGAAAAAAACUUCAGUCGUCCCUCUACUACAAAACUGACUACAAGCGAUCCCACAGAUCUUUUAUGGGACAAUUUGCUGCACUGGUUGGCUCAGGAGCUCUCCGAAGAGGAUGCCUCAUUGCUGGUUCUUUCCCUUCCCAUUCGGCGCAGCACCAUUCAACUUGUGAAACUUAAAAGUCCAGAUAACUUAACUGAUCAGAUUUAUGAGCUCCUGAAUUACUGGAAAAAGAGCCUUCCCACAUCAGCAGACAAGUUACGACUCCUAGCUCGACAUUUGCGGAAAAGUGGGCGUAGUGAUCUUCUGGAACAGCUUCAAGUUAGAUGGGAGGACAAAACGACCACACCAACUGUAUCAUAAAGUUAUCUCU